GUCUCGUGAUGACCUGACGAUUCGCGCCCACACGUAGCGACCCCAUCCUUGUAUUUCCACUUUCUCUCUCCUCACUAUUUAAACCACUUCCUCUUCUUCCCAUUUUCUUCACAACGCAUUAUUUCUUUCUAUCUCUAAAAAAAAAUUUACAUUUUUUUUGCAGUGACUUCUCUUUACUUGUCAUUAUUCUAAGGAAAAUAUGGAAGAACUCAAAUUGAGUCAGAAAAAGCGAGCCAGAGUCGACUCGGACCCACCCGAGUUCGACGCCAAGAGGGUUCGAGAGGAUCUUCUGAGAAUACUCGACGACUCGGACCAUGUACCCGAGCGUGACUCAGUGAGUCAGACUCACGAUCUCGACUCGGUGAUUCGGAGCUUCGAAGAGGAGAUUACGGGUUCAGGAUCUCGCUCUUCUCCGGUGAAUAUUGUCGAUUUAACGUCGGAUUCCGGGGAAUAUCCGUCGGAAAUUGGACAGUUUUGUGAAAACGACGUCGGAUUGUUGAAGGAGAGUGAGAGCGAGACACGUGUUGGUGAUGGAAUUGGAGUUUCGUCGGAGGUGUCCGGGGUAGGUGAGUUUUGGGAUUUUCCGAGUUAUGACUCGUUUGGGCUUACGAUCGGGUAUGAGCAGGACCACAAUGAUUACGUGGCAUUAGACGGGAUAUUUGAUCAUUCUGAUCUUAAUUUCGGGUCGGAUUUUUUGCGGAGACCCGAUACACUGCCCGCUGUUUGAAUAAAUUUUUAUUGGGCUUAUUUUUGAGAAAUACCCAUGAAAAAAAUUAAUUUAAAGAUAAUGUACAAAAUGAUGCUCCGUAUAUAGAGAAUUGUAGAAGUAUGUAUUUUCAUUUACUACGUAGUUUUAAUGAGAAAGCUAGUUUAGGGAUGUUUGAUUACAUGAUAUCUUGAUACAAUUUGAUCUAUCAGAAAUUUCAGCUGUUGGUAUAAUG